AUGCACAUUAAGAAGGUUGAGGUGUUCCCAGACUUUGAGAUUGCAGUGCAAGGAUGUACGAAGAACCGGAUCACCAUGCUGAAGUCUGCUGCAUUGACUAACUUGUCACAACAACUUAAUGGAGACAAUCCACCAAGGUCAGAAAUGCGACUUUACGUCACAAUAACAAAGAUGUCAUGCCACACAGAACAUGACUUUGGCAACUUCAUGAAGUAUGGACAGACGGUGGACCACAGUAUUAUUGAAAGAAUUUAUGACCUCGUUCAGGAAGGCAUUACGUCUGUGCAUGAAGUGAAGACAUGCCUUCGCUACUAUGUACAGGACGUGCUCUUCAAUGGCAAGGAAAAACCUGAUCUAGAUUGCAGAGCAUUUUACCCGACAUCCAAAGACAUCCGCAACCAUAUUCAGGAAUCUUUGAGGCAAGGGCACUGUAGCAAUCUGGAUCAGGAGAAUGUUGCAAUGCUGGUAUCUGCACUGGAGAGAGAAGAACCAACAUCAAAGGUGCUCUUCCGGCCAUAUUGCUACACAAGUGAAGCAAAAACGACAAUCCCCGAGGCCGACGAUGACCAGAUUAAUGUAGAGGAGACCUUGGCAAAACAAUGCGACAGGACCUUGCUGUUCUGCUAUGAGUCUCACUUCAUGGCAGAACUACUAAAGCAGUAUGGCAACAAUGUGACAUGCCUUGAUGCCACAAACAAGACAACAGAUUACAGCUUGCCACUGUUUUUCCUUGUUGUAAAAACACCCACGAAUUACAUGGUGGCAGGUGUUUUUGUGGUGCAGUACGAAACAAGUGCGUGCAUCAGUGAGGCACUCAGUGUGUUUAAAAGCUGGGAUCCUGAGUACUUGCCUAAGUAUUUCAUGGUGGACUUUUGCCAGGCUGAAAUAAGUGCGAUUUCUGAAGUCUUCCCACAGAGUGAAGUCAUGCUGUGCAACUUUCACCGUGAACAGGCUUGGGAGAGGUGGAUGAAAAAGAAGGAAAAUGAUGUCCCUCCAGACCAAAAAGAUGCCCUGCUUGGUCUCUUUCGCAAAAUAGCCAAUUCAAGCAGCAGGGAGGAAUUUGACGAGGCCUACAAAUGUCUGAAGAACUCAGUUUUUUGGAGGAACGACAAAGUAGCUAGCUACUUUGAAACGCAGUGGAUGCCAGCAGCCAAGAUGUGGGUUCAAUACCACAGAAUGAAGUUUGGUGUCGUCGUUACAACAAACAACGGAACAGAGACACAGAACCGCAUCCUCAAGGAGCAUUACCUGAGCUGCAACAAAUGGAAUGUGUUGGGGGAGUGCACCUACGGUAGAGAUGCACAAGCCAGGGAAGAAUUUUUGGCUGCUUUGGCAGUUGUCUUUGAACCAGUGAAGAGUGUGGUCAUCGGUGUCACAAGUAGGCAGCGAGUGUGGAGUGUCCUGUGCAACGAAUAG